GAAGUUCACGAAGUAAUAAAGCAUCGGCUAUUUGCAGCUAAUUUGUAAAUACAACUGUAUAUAGCAUACAAAAACAACAAAAGUAACAUUAAACACUAUGAGCACACAAAAUCGAUCUGGUGGCGGCGGAGGGCGCAACAAGAUGUCCAAAGCCAGCACACAACAGAAGGAAUUACAGAAGGACGCCACUUUGGCAGCCGAAAAGGGUGGAAAUUCAGAGACAGCAGCGACAAAUGUCAGUCAGAAGGGCGCCAAGACCACAGCUGACCACGUCAAAGAGCCGAAAGAAAAGCCACAAAUGAAGCAGCCAACUGCGGAGCAAAUCCGUAUUGCUCAAAUCACAGACAUCAAGGGCGGCAUUGAGGAUCCAAAGAUUCGCGAAAAAGUCGAAAAGCUAAUGGAAAUGACUCAGCGCUCCGAGGAAGACGUCUGUUGUGCAUUGUAUGAGUGCGAUAACGAUUUAGACAGAGCUGUGAUGUUCCUGUUUGAGCAACUUCCGGUGGGCGCGUUCGCGACAACGUCGAAGAAAAAGAAGAACCGUCAAGCGAACAAUGCAGAUGGCAAUGCAGCCGAUGGCGACUGGAACAACGAGAAUGCCGCACCGAAUUCCUCAAAAGACGACAAAGGGCGCGGCGGAAAUCGCGGCAACAACCAGCAAGGCUCGCGUGGCGGGCGCGGAGGACGCGAUGGCGCUCGUGGAGGCGGUUCGCGUCGCGGCGACGGCGAUCGCAAUGGCACAUCCAACUUCAAAGUCGACACGUUCCGUGGCGAACGUCGUGGCGGCGAUGGAAAUCGUCGCGAAGGACGUGACGGAAACUCCUUUGGGGGUCGCGGAGGAUCGCGCGGUGCCCGUUCCGAUAACCGUGAUAACCGAGAACGUGGCAAUUAUCGCGGCAAUCGCCCGAAUCGCAACCAGGAGGAUGCCAGUUUGCAGCAAAUCGAUUCGUGGGAACCCGUAACGGCAGAAACACAGAAGCAGGAAGUGCAAAUCGAUACGUGGGGCGACUGGGACAACGAAGAGUACACCGGAUCGCUUAAGGAUACAAAAGUAUUUACGCCAAGUACUUCAACGACGGCACAGUCGGGCGCCGGGGCACAGCAACAACAAAGUGAUCAUGUGUCGGCGCCGCCUGGCUUGAAUCCGCCCGCGUCGCAAAUUGACAGUUACAGUUCGGCGAUCACGUCUGGCACGCAACAACAACAACAAACAGCUGCCUCGGUUGUUGCGGGCGGCGCUACAAAUGCCGGCGCUGCUACGAAUCAGUCGCAAUAUCCCGAAAUACAUUCCGGAACAACGGCAGCCCAGCAUUUGCGGCAAGCACUGGAGAUGCCCCAAAUUCAAUCAUCCACGCUAUCGGCAGAACAAUCUCAGUAUUUCAACACACUUUCUUCGCAAAAUUCCAAUUCGUAUCAGACGAGUGGCGGCGGUGUGCAAUAUGGACAGCCCACGUAUGGCGCAGCGGCGCAAUAUGGCACGGCAGCAACGGUUGUUGACCCCACGCAACAAGGGCAACGACGUCCCCCCGCACGUGCUCGUGUUCCGCCACCAUCGAAAAUUCCCUCAACUGCUGUCGAAAUGCCCGGCGAUGCUCUCAACAACAUCGGCUACCUCGACGUGCAAUUUGGCGGUUUGGAUUUCGGCACAGACGACUCCUUCGAAAAUGUCACGGAUAAAUUCGGUGCCGCAACACUUGACUCGUCUGCCAAUGCGGGCGCCGCUGACGACUACCAAAACAAAUCGGGACAAAAGAACACGCUCGCUGGCGCACAACUCCAAAAUUUGUCGCAAAACGAUAAUUUGGCCUCGCAGAGCGAUAAUCUCGCCUCGUAUACACAACGAUCGGGCAGCAAUGUGCCGUCGAGCGUAAAUAGUGGCGCCAAUAACUACGGACAACUCGGCAAGGCGACAGAUCCGUAUGGAAAUCAGACAAAUGCCAAUGCCACGGGCACCGGAUACCAAUCGAACUCGUACUCAAGUCAAACGAAGACGCCGUCGUACCAGGCUACGCAAGGCUAUGGCAGCGGAUAUUCGAGUAGUGCUCAAGUCUCGUCAAACAACAACUUCCCACCAGCUUCCAAUACGACAUACAACUCGUACAACCAAUCGUAUCAGCAGCAACAACAGAAUUCGACGACUACGGGAAGCAAUGCCGCAUCGGGAGUCUCCAACAACAACACAACGGUCCCUGUAAACAGCAGUUCCGUCAACAAUAAUAGUGCUAAUACCAACUCGGGAUAUCUUUCGAAUCAAUAUCCGGGUAAUGUCCCCUCAUCAACGUAUCCAUCACAACAAAAUGCUUAUCAAACGAGUAAUCAAAGUGUGUAUGGAAACUCGGGUCUCAGUAACAGCGCUGGGUUUUCAUCGAGCACAAACACUUCAAACACUACUGGUCAAUAUAACAACUUUAGCUCUAAGUUAAAAGAUACGACAGUUUCUACGCCAUUCGAUAGUACUUCAAGCACAAGUGUGUCAAGUUCAACCGUGACGAGUUCCGUGUCGACAAGCAACAUGAGUUCGCCCAGCUUGGGUCUGUCCAACACAAAAGUGACAAAUUCGACGGCAAAGAGUGGCACAACGGUGGUGCCGAAUAUUCCAAUGGUCGGUCAGUACAUCCAAACGCCGGGCAUGCCUUACUACCAGCCGCAAGUUUAUUCGUACGAGGAUAUGCAGUUGAUGCAACAACGUGUCUCCCACAUGCCAGGCUACUACGAGAACUUCAUUCAGGCACCAACGAGUCUCACGGGCGCCGGAGCUGCUGGUGUACGAGAUGCCAACUUGAGUUCCAUGGCAUACUCGACAAUGUCAGAUGCGCGAUUUGCACGCACCGACAACAAUUCGAGUCCCGUCAGCAAUGUUCCUAGCACAAUGUCGCAACAAUCCGGAUCUGGAGGGCAUAUGGUACCAUUUGCCUAUUAUUAUCCGGGAAAUAAUGCAAUGAUGCCCGGUGGAUAUCAGUUCAGUACACCAAUAUAUCAACAAGUUGCAACUCCAAACGCUACUUCCGGCGGUCAAUUUCCAAAGCCCUCGUACAACAGCGGUUACGGCUCCACGAGUUACGACACGCUAAACCAAACGACGCAGGAUUACAACAAGACACCGUAUGCCAGUAGCGGCGUAGGACAACAGUCGAAAGGCCAAACAGUAUCGAAUCCACAAACUGGUGGCACCGGAUCUGACAUUACGUCGUCGAUGUACGGCAAGAGUCAUGCAGCAUUGAACAAGGUUAAUUCUUACGAAAAACAAUCGUUCCAUUCUGGUACUCCGCCACCCUUCAAUUUGGUUGGAUCACAGACUGCUUUGAACAACGUCAAUGCUGCAUCAGCUCAAGCUUAUGGGUCUCAGCAUUUGUAUAUACCAACAAUUGCCGCACCUCAUCAUAACAUGAACAUGCAUCAACCACAUCAGGAUUAUUUCUUUUCCUAAACUUAAAAAAAUACAAAUGCCAAGCGAAUUAUCAACCUCCUACUUAUUCUUCUUCUUCUGAAAUUCUGAAAAAGAAAAUAAAAAAAUUAAAAAUUUUAAACUCUCUUGUCUGAGAAUUAUUUUGUAGUUCAUAGAUGUUUGUAGUUAUAAAUAAUUAUUAUAUUUAAAUUCGACACACAAGUAUUUUUUGAAAAAAAAAAAUAAAAAUAUUUAAAAUACUUUCACAAUCCAAGCACCCCUUAAGCACACUUAAAUGAGUCCUAUAGUCACUUAUUAUUUUUUUUUUAUUUUUUUGAUUUAAAGUCUCAUUUUGUGCUCUUUUUUGUUAAAAAUCAUUUUUUACGCCCAAUUGAAAGAAAAUAAAGAUCAGACAAAUUUUACACAACAGAAUUUUUUUUGUGAAUCCAAACCCACCGUCGCCCUUUUUUGGCAUUUGAUCAUUUGACACGCCGCGCCAGUCAGUCGUCUUUCAUCAUCUUUCCCAAAAAAAAAAAAAAAAACAAAAAAUUCAUUUCUU